AUGGCCACACCAUCGACAUCCUCCGAUGCCUCGUCAUCCAAUACCGCUCCCAAAAAGUUCAACCUGCGGAACCCACUUCCCCUCACAGCUCCUCAGGAGCAAGAAGUGAAAGCGCUCUACUACAAGCGUGUACGAGGCUACUGCGCCCCCGAGAUCAAGGCUUUUGCUGAAUGCGCCGUCAAUCGCACCGUUACUGCCACUUGGGUCUGCCGUCAACAACGGCUAACCAUGAACUCCUGCAUGCUAGCCCACGCUACCCGAGAGGAGGAAGAUCGCGCACGCGAGGAGUGGUUCUCAACGUAUCCUGACCGACGCCGUGUCCGCGAUGAAGAAUUAGCACGCGUCGAGAAGCGCCGCGAGGAGGUGAUUCGGAUGAUGCGGGAAGAUGAGCGGAAACAAAAAGAAGCCAAAGAGAGGUGA